UUAUGUGAACAGAGUAGACACGAAGCAGAUCAACCAAUCAUCAGAAUGAGGGGACGGUCCCGAGUUUUUCUCCUCGCCUUGGUGCUCUUCCUCGCGCUGCAGGCGCCGGCGUCCGCAGGCACAAAGACUUAUGUGAUCGUCUUUGAUGGCUUACCAGCUUCUCCUUCUGGUUUGCUUGCUACAGUCGUCACCAGCUUUCAGUUACUGUACGUCUUGAGCCCCAUCCAAGUGAUCGUGGUGCAGAUCGAUGAGAGUUUCGUAGGAGUCAUCAAGCAGCUGCCCGGCGUGCUGGCCGUGAUCCCCGACGUCCUGCACAAGGUCCACACGACGCGUUCCUGGGAUUUCCUCGAGCUAGAGCGAAAUGGCGCGGCGACCGGUGCGUGGAAGGACGCCGCGAAGUACGGGGUGGACGCUAUCAUCGGCAACGUCGACACAGGUGUAUGGCCGGAAUCCGCGAGCUUCAAAGACGACGGCUAUUCAGUCCCGUCGAGGUGGCGCGGCAAGUGCAUCACUGGCAACGACACGACCUUCAAAUGCAACAACAAGCUGAUCGGCGCGGGGUUCUUCAACCUCGGCUUCCUAGCGUCGGGCUUGCUGCAGGGGAAGCCGCCAAGCCAGGCUGCAGAGCUGUACACGCCACGGGACUACAUCGGGCACGGCACGCACACGCUGUCCACCGCCGGCGGCGGGUUCGUGCCGGACGCCAGCGUGUUCGGCCAUGGGAAGGGCACGGCCAAGGGCGGCUCGCCGCUGGCGCGGGUCGCCGCCUACAAGGCGUGCUACGCCGAGGGCUGCUCCAGCUCGGACAUCCUCGCGGCCAUGGUCACGGCGGUGGAAGACGGCGUGAACGUGCUCUCGCUCUCCGUCGGCGGGCCGGCGGACGACUACCUGUCGGACCCGAUCGCCAUCGGCGCGUUCUACGCCGUCCAGAAGGGCGUCAUCGUCGUCUGCUCCGCCAGCAACUCCGGCCCGCAGCCGGGCUCGGUCACCAACGUGGCACCAUGGAUACUUACGGUCGGCGCGAGCACCAUGGACAGGGACUUCCCGGCUUAUGUCACCUUCGGCGGCGUCACGAGCAGCAUGACCAUCAAGGGGCAAAGUCUGUCAAACAGCACUCUGCCUCAAGGGCAACGGUACGCGAUGAUCAACGCGAAGAACGCCAACGCCGCAAACGUACCGAGCGAGAACUCGACGUUGUGCUUCCCUGGCUCCCUGGACAGCGACAAGGUGCGCGGCAAGAUAGUUGUCUGCACCAGAGGGGUGAACGCCAGAGUUGAGAAGGGGCUGGUGGUGAAGCAGGCCGGCGGCGUUGGCAUGGUGCUCUGCAACUACGCCGGCAACGGGGAGGAUGUCAUCGCGGACCCGCACCUCAUCGCGGCGGCUCACGUCUCCUACUCCCAGUGCAUCAACCUCUUUAACUACCUCGGGUCAACAGACAACCCGGUCGGUUACAUCACUGCAUCGGAUGCCAGGCUUGGCGUAAAGCCAGCGCCUGUGAUGGCAGCCUUCUCUUCCCGUGGGCCAAACCCGAUAACUCCCCAGAUUCUCAAGCCUGACAUCACCGCGCCAGGAGUCAGCGUCAUCGCGGCUUACAGCGAGGCGGUUUCGCCGACGGAACUCUCUUUCGACGACCGCCGUGUCCCCUACAACAUAAUGUCCGGCACCUCCAUGUCGUGCCCUCACGUGUCGGGCAUCGUCGGCCUGAUCAAGACCAAGUACCCCGACUGGACCCCCGCGAUGAUCAAGUCGGCGAUCAUGACCACAGCGAUCACCGGGGACAACGACAGCGGCAAGAUCCGGGACGAGACCGGCGCGGCCGCGACGCCGUUCGCCUACGGGUCGGGGCACGUGAGGUCCGUGCAGGCGCUGGACCCGGGCCUCGUGUACGACACCACGUCGGCCGACUACGCCGACUUCCUCUGCGCCCUGAGGCCCACCCAGAACCCUCUCCCGCUCCCGGUGUUCGGCGACGACGGCAAGCCGCGCGCGUGCAGCCAGGGCGCGCAGUACGGCCGCCCCGAGGACCUCAACUACCCGUCCAUCGCCGUGCCGUGCCUGUCCGGCUCCGCGACGGUGCGGCGCCGGGUGAAGAACGUCGGCGCGGCGCCGUGCCGGUACGCGGUCAGCGUCACCGAGGCGCUGGCGGGGGUGAAGGUCACGGUGUAUCCGCCCGAGCUCAGCUUCGAGUCCUACGGGGAGGAGAGGGAGUUCACGGUGAGGCUGGAGGUGCAAGACGCCGCGGCGGCCGCCAACUACGUGUUCGGAAGCAUCGAGUGGUCGGAGGAGUCGGAGUCGGACCCGGACCGGAAGCAUCGCGUGCGGAGCCCCAUCGUUGCCAAGACGACCUGCGGGUAGCACGGACGGGGUCGAUUCUUUUCGAGUCAGAACUGGAAACUGAAUAACUGUUGGUGUUGUCACGCCAAGGUCCACAAGUCGUUAGGGCUAACUGCCUAAAUCCUAAUGGCAGGAGACUUGGUUAGAGAGGAGAGGAUCGAUUUCGUUUUAUCUGGCAGAUAGAUGUGAGCUAUCGAAUCCAGAUAUUUGUUCUGAUUCCGACGGUCAAGUUGUUUUUGUGCUACUCGAAUAGUGUAAUGCAUCAAUCUUCAUCUUGUUACGAUAAUUAUAUACUUCUCGUCGGGCCGGCGAAGCGCCGGCCGAAAUAUAUAAUUACGAUAAUUAUAUACUUGUUCGUUCUUUUCUGCCAGAGAUGUGUCGCUACAUUUCUCCAUGGAAAUCAGUCAAACUUUGAACUGUAUAAUUUAUACUGUGUUUUAUGCUGUAGUGUUGCUUGGUUUCUCUUUUUUGCCUCUUCACGGA